AUGAGACCAGCGGAAACCGGCACGGCGCAAGGGCCGGGCAGCCUUGCUGCCCGCUUGUUUGCAUGGCUGGUGCUGGCGCUUGCCGUCAGCCUCGGGUUUGCCCAUGCCGCGCAGGCGGCGUUCGACGCGCCGGUGGCUGUCGAUGUGCGCGCCGCCGGCGACGCGGACGCAACGCGCAUCAUCAUCAGUUUCGACCGGCCGGUGAGCGCCGACCACAAGCUUCUCGAUCAUCCCUACCGGCUGGUUCUCGAUUUCGAGCGCAUCGGCUACGGCUUCGAAGCGGGCGACGACACGCUGAAGGGCAUGGUUGGCGCAAUGCGCUACGGCGACAUGAGCGAGACCGGAUCGCGGAUCAUUUUCGAGAUCGGCGCGCCGUUUGAGGUUGUCGAGCUGUCGAGUGGGGCGGCUGAGAACUUCUAUCGCCUGAUCAUCGACUUGCGGCGAACCGAUGAGGCGGCCUUUCAGCAGGCGCUGCUCGACACGAUGGCGACGAGUUCGAUCAUCGCGCGCGGCAGCAAGACCGACCGUCUGGGAUCGGCGCCGCUGGCCCCGGCGCCGCGAUCGGGUGCGUUCACCGUCGUUCUCGAUCCCGGUCAUGGCGGCAUCGACAGCGGGGCGGUCGGCGUCGGCGGCACACGCGAGAAGGAUGUCGUCCUGGCGUUCGCCAGGACGAUGCGCGACGAACUUCAGGCGAUCGGCGGCGUCGAAGUGGUCAUGACGCGCGAGGACGAUGUCUUCAUCUCCCUCGACGAGCGGGUGCGUUUCGCCCGCCAGCACGGCGCGGCGCUGUUCGUGUCGCUGCAUGCCGAUUCCGUGCGCCAAUCCUAUGUGCGCGGCGCGACGGUCUACACGAUCUCGGACAAGGCUUCCGAUUCGGUCGCAGCGGAAAUCGCGCGCUCGGAGAACCUGUCCGAUUCGAUCGCCGGCAUCGUCUAUGAAGAAGAAAGCGGCCCCGUGGCGGACAUUCUCGUCGAUCUGGCGCGUCAGGAAACGCUCGGCUUUUCGGUCCAGUUCGCGCGGCUCGCCAUCUCGCACAUUUCGCGCGCCUCGCGCAUCAUCAACAAUCCGCACCGUUAUGCCGGGUUUCGCGUUCUCAAGGCGCCCGACGUGCCGUCCGUUCUCGUCGAACUGGGCUAUCUGUCGAACCGGGAAGACGAAAAACUGCUCAACAAGCCCGAAUGGCGGGCCGAACUGGCGGCCGAACUGGCCGCUGCCGUGGCCGAGUUCGGGGCUUUGUCCGGCCGGCAGCUUGCGGGCGAGGCGCGCGCGGCCGCCGGAAACUGA